AUGGCAGCAACACCAGCUAGGAGAGGCGCCUUUCAGCUUCUUGCCAGCUCGCCUCGUACAACAAUUCGCAGCUUCUCAUCGUCCCGCAUCAGCGCCGCCUUCACUAGCACGCCCAAAGCCCAGACUACAUCCACGACCACAGCAACAAAGCCGGCCACCGUAUCUUCAGGCUACAAACCUGCCACAUCCACCGCCUCAACCGUUCAAAGAACAGUGGUUCCCUCGUUCCCCGCCAAGGAACCUCCAGUUCCUACGUACCGCAGCACCACCGCGGCCAGCGCCACCUCGGGCCAGCGCUCUCUUACCGAUGGCCUGAGCGACGCGCCCGCCGAAAUUGAAGGUGUCGCAGCACACGACUGGACACGCUCAUACUAUGGCUUGGGUAGUGUGUCGUUCUCGAAUGAGCAGGCCGAGAUACUGCUUGCACCAGUGAAGGGCGAAGAUGUGGAGGUCAAGCCUGAUGGCAUUCUGUACUUGCCGGAAAUCAAGUACAGGAGGAUACUGAACAAGGCAUUUGGGCCAGGAGGUUGGGGGUUGGCGCCGAGAGGCGAGAGCAUUGUGACCAGCAAGCUGGUCACCAGAGAGUACGGCAUGGUUGUCCAGGGCCGCCUUGUUUCGAUAGCGCGCGGUGAGCAGCAGUACUUUGACGCCGAUGGCAUUCCCACUGCGACCGAGGGAUGCAAAUCCAAUGCCCUGAUGCGCUGCUGUAAGGACCUGGGUAUUGCAAGCGAGCUGUGGGACCCACGUUUCAUUCGCGAGUUCAACACCAAGUUCACCAAGGAGGUUUGGGUCGAGCAUGUGUCCACCAAGAAGAAAAGGAAGAUUGUCAUCAGGAAGGAUGACGUUGUCAAAUACCCCUUUAAGGAGAGCAAGAUGGGUGCAUAG